AUGAGCUACCACCAGGCAGGGGGUAAUGGCUACGGCGAGAGCCACCAUCUAAAUGACAUGUCGCGUCCGGGUGACCAUCCCGACGCUGCCUACGAGGGUGAUUCUUUGCUUCACCCCAACCCUACCGGUGCGAGAGAAGGCCCUUUCGACGACCCUUCGCACGACGGCCAUAUGCAAGCCCCGCCGCGCCCCGUGUCGGCUUACAGCCUGACGGAAACCUACGCCGACGGCUCCAGCUCUGGCACGCCCUACGGCUACGACCAGAACGGAUACAAUGCGGCUGAUGAUGUCUACGGCGGCACCGAUGCCGCGCAGCAGUUCGGCCCAGGCCAGGACCGCGCUGCCUCGCCCUACAGCAGGAGCGAGACGAGCUCCACCGAGGCCUGGCGCCAGCGCCAGCAGCCCGGCGGUGCCGCCGGCGGCCUGAAGCGUGCUGCCACGCGUAAGGUCCGCCUCGUCCAGGGUGCCGUUCUGAGUGCCGAUUAUCCUGUGCCUUCGGCCAUUCAGAAUGCCAUCCAGGCCAAGUACCGCAAUGACCUGGAGAGCGGCAGUGAGGAGUUCACCCACAUGCGCUACACGGCCGCUACCUGCGACCCCAACGAUUUCACGCUGAAGAACGGUUACAAUCUGCGUCCGGCUAUGUACAACCGUCACACCGAGCUGCUGAUCGCCGUCACCUACUACAACGAAGACAAGGUCUUGACUGCCAGAACGCUGCACGGUGUUAUGCAGAACAUCCGUGACAUCGUCAACCUGAAGAAGUCCGAGUUCUGGAACAAGGGUGGUCCCGCCUGGCAAAAGAUUGUCGUCUGCUUGGUUUUCGAUGGUAUCGAUCCUUGCGACAAGGGCACGCUCGACGUCCUCGCAACCAUCGGUAUCUACCAGGACGGUGUCAUGAAGAGGGAUAUCGACGGAAAGGAGACGACUGCACACAUUUUCGAAUACACCACCCAGCUGUCGGUUACCCCGAACCAGCAGCUGAUCCGCCCCCACGACGACAGCUCCAGCACCCUCCCCCCUGUCCAGAUGAUGUUCUGUCUGAAGCAGAAGAACACCAAGAAGAUCAACUCCCACCGUUGGCUCUUCACUGCUUUCGGCCGCAUUCUGAACCCCGAAGUCGUCAUCCUGAUCGAUGCCGGUACCAAGCCCGGCCCCAAGUCCCUGCUUGCUCUGUGGGAGGCUUUCUACAACGACAAGGAUCUCGGUGGUGCUUGUGGUGAAAUUCACGCCAUGUUGGGUAAGGGUUGGAAGAACCUCGUCAACCCGCUCGUCGCCGCGCAGAACUUCGAGUACAAGAUCAGUAACAUUCUCGACAAGCCGCUGGAGUCCUCCUUCGGUUACGUCUCCGUGUUGCCUGGUGCUUUCUCGGCCUACCGUUUCCGUGCUAUCAUGGGUCGUCCGCUGGAGCAGUACUUCCACGGUGACCACACCCUGUCGAAGAUUCUCGGCAAGAAGGGUAUCGAGGGUAUGAACAUUUUCAAGAAGAACAUGUUCUUGGCCGAGGAUCGUAUUCUCUGUUUCGAACUGGUCGCCAAGGCCGGCUCCAAGUGGCAUCUUACCUACGUCAAGGCCUCCAAGGGUGAAACCGAUGUGCCGGAAGGUGCGCCCGAAUUCAUCGGUCAGCGUCGUCGUUGGCUUAACGGUUCGUUCGCUGCCAGUAUUUACGCGUUGAUGCACUUCAGCCGUAUGUACAAAUCUGGCCACAACUUCCUCCGCAUGUUUUUCCUGCACAUCCAGCUCGUCUACAACUUCGCGACCCUCUUCGUUACCUGGUUUGCUCUGGCUUCCUACUGGCUCACGACCACCGUCAUCAUGGACCUUGUCGGUAUCCCCGAGUCUGCAGAUGAGUCGAGCAGCGGCCAGCAGAAGAACGCCUGGCCUUUCGGCAACACGGUCACGCCCAUCUUCAACACGGUUCUCAAGUACGCGUACCUGGCAUUCCUCCUUCUGCAGUUCAUUCUCGCGCUCGGUAACCGUCCCAAGGGUUCGCGUUACUCGUAUGUCGUGUCGUUCUGCGUCUUCGGUUUGAUCCAGCUCUACGUCGUCAUUCUGUCCAUGUACCUGGUCGUCCAGGCGUUCACGAGCCCGCUCUCGCAGGGUCUUGACACGACCUCGGCGUCUGCCUUCGCUGCGUCGUUCUUCUCGUCGGAUGGUGUCGGUAUCAUUAUCAUUGCGCUGGCGGCUACUUUCGGUCUCUACUACAUUGCCUCGUUCCUCUACCUGGACCCGUGGCACAUGUUCACGUCUUUCCCGCAGUACCUGCUCAUCGCCUCGUCGUAUAUCAACAUUCUGAACGUCUACGCCUUCUCCAACUGGCACGAUGUUUCUUGGGGUACCAAGGGUUCCGACAAGGCUGAUGUCCUGCCCUCUGCCAAGACGGACAACGACGGAAAGCACACGGUCAUUGAGGAGCCGGAUGUUCCUCAGGCGGAUAUUGACAGUCAGUUCGAGCAGACGGUGAAGCGUGCUCUGCAGCCCUUCGUGCCUGAGGUCGAAGACACUGCCAAGACGCUUGACGAUUCGUACAAGUCUUUCAGAACUCACUUGACGACUGCAUGGAUUUUCUCCAACGCCCUUCUGGCCGUUGUCAUUACCAGUGACAACUUCGAUAAGUUUGGUUUCACGUCUGGUGCUUCCCAACGUACGGCACGCUUCUUCCAGGCCCUGCUGUGGACGACGGCCUUCAUGUCUUUGAUUCGUUUCUUCGGCUGCCUGUGGUUCCUGGGCAAGACCGGUAUCCUGUGCUGCUUUGCCAGGAGAUAG